AAAACACUAAAUGAAGAAAAAACAAAAAAGACUAUUCAAUCCAUAUUUUAGUUUGAACUUUUCCAACCAACACAACCCUUCGUCUUUAACAAACCAACCCCUUUCAUCAAAAACAAAUCAAACCCCCCCAAAAAAAUCUAAACUUUUCUCUAUUUUGAUCAGAGGCCACCCAACAUGAUUAUGGCGUCCCUCCAAUCGGACCAGCUUGCUCAGCUGAAGCAAAUCUUUGCUCGUUUCGACAUGGACGCCGACGGUAGCCUCACCCAUUUGGAGCUCGCGGCCCUUCUCCGAUCAUUGGGCCUAAAGCCCACCGGGGAUCAACUCCACGCCAUGCUCGCCAACAUCGAUGCUAAUGGAAACGGCGCCAUUGAGUUCGAGGAGCUGGUUCAGGCCAUUCUCCCCGAUAUCAACGACGAGGUCCUCGUCAACCAGGACCAGCUCUUGGAGAUCUUUCGUUCCUUCGAUCGUGACGGCAACGGCUAUAUCACGGCGGCCGAGCUCGCCGGAUCUAUGGCUAAGAUGGGUCACCCUUUGACUUAUAGGGAGCUUACGGAUAUGAUGAGAGAGGCUGAUACUAAUAACGACGGCGUUUUGAGUUUCAAUGAGUUCGCUACCAUUAUGGCUAGAUCUGCUGCUGAUUUUCUUGGACUUUGAUCAAGUUUUAAUUGCCUAAUUGGGUAGAUCUAAUUGCCUUUAAUUAUACAUAUAUGUAUGAUUAUGCAUUGUAAGAUAAUCUUUUAAUUUGUAAUCCAUGUUAAUGAUGAUGGCGUGAUUUUAUUGGUUUAAAAUGGAUUCAUGACUUGGAGAUAAUCUCACUUUAACUUUUCUCAUUUUAGUUGUAUACAUUUAUUAUGUGACUAUCUAUGAUUCUAUGUACGAGGUUGUAAUGUGAUCA